AUGAAAACAGGAAAUAUUUCAGAAUCUACAGAAUUCCAUCUCAUGGGACUCUCAGAUAACCAAGAACUACAGCCUGUUCUGUUUGGAGUUUUCUUAUCCAUGUAUCUGAUCACAGUGCUUGGGAACAUUUUCAUUAUAUUGGCAACAGUUUUUGACUCUAAUCUCCACACCCCUAUGUACUUUUUCAUUUCCAAUCUGUCUUUCAUUGACAUCUGUUUCACCACUACCACCAUCCCAAAGAUGCUGGUAAACAUACAGGCUCAAGUCAACUCCAUCAGUUAUAUAGGCUGUCUCACCCAAAUCUGCUUUGUUCUAGCUUUUGCUGGACUGGAAAAUGGAAUUCUGGUAAUGAUGGCCUAUGACAGAUUUGUGGCUAUCUGUCAUCCACUGAGGUACACUGUCAUCAUGAACCCAAAACUCUGUGGAGUACUGGUUCUGUUGUCCUUCUUGAUUAGUAUCUUAGAUGCUCUGCUCCACACUUUGAUGGCACUACGCCUGUCAUUCUGCACAAAGGUGGAAAUUCCUCACUUUUUCUGUGAACUGGCCCAUAUUCUCAAGCUUGCAUGUUCUAAUAUUAUCAUCAACAAUAUCCUGGUGUAUUUGGUGACAAGCCUGUUGGGUGUUCUUCCACUUUCUGGCAUAAUUUUCUCUUACAGUCGAAUUAUCUCCUCUGUCAUGAAAAUCCCAUCAGCUUCUGGAAAAUAUAAAGCUUUCUCCAUAUGUGCAUCACACUUAGUAGUGGUUUCCUUGUUCUAUGGGACAGGUUUUGGUGUGUAUCUGAGCUCUGCUCGCACUCAUAGCUCUAGGAAGAAUGCAAUAGCCUCGGUGAUGUACACAGUGGUCACUCCCAUGAUGAAUCCUUUUAUAUACAGCUUGAGGAAUAAGGACAUGGAACUGUCUCUGAACUGA